AUUAUUCAUGGACAAGCAUUCCUUCUCUGUCGUAUGCGUCGUCGCAUGGCUAUGGAGUUCCUACAGCAUCCAUGGUGGUAGCACGUGCAUGAGUAGUCCUAAGGAAUCAUAGGACGGAGACUGCACCGAUGUUAAGUCUAAUGAGGAUUUGGUCUGUGUGAAACCGUGUAAUUAGUCCCUUAAUUCAUGCCUUGGACCUCGGAAACACACAUCGAGCUGUCUGGUACGCCACUCAUACUAUAAGCUUACCUCUUAGAAAUGAGUGUCACCCGAAGGAACGAGAGAGAGGGUUUGUGUUAGAUACAUCGGCCAAAGUCUUCUUCUCAACGUUUGCUAUCCAUAAAUAGGAGUAGGAAAGUUGGCAAUUGUCUUUAGGGAAGCAGAAGGAGAAGAAAUGGCCGGAGAAGCAGUUUCAAAGGCCUCCCAACCACUAAAUCCAUGUCCUGAUCCCAAUCUUCCUCCUGUGGUCAAGAAAAAGAGAAACCUCCCAGGAACACCAGAUCCUGAAGCAGAGGUGAUUGCGCUCUCCCCGGGAACCCUCUUGGCCACCAACCGAUUCCUGUGCGAGAUCUGUGGCAAAGGCUUCCAGCGAGACCAAAACCUGCAGCUCCACAGGCGAGGCCACAACCUACCAUGGAAGCUGAAGCAGAGGAGCGGCAAGGAGCCGAGGAAGCGGGUGUACGUGUGCCCGGAGGAGAGCUGCAUCCACCAUAACCCCGCGCGGGCGCUUGGUGAUCUCACGGGCAUCAAGAAGCACUUCUGCCGCAAGCAUGGCGAGAAGAAGUGGAAGUGCGACAAGUGCUCCAAGCGGUACGCCGUGCAGUCCGACUGGAAGGCCCACUCUAAGACUUGCGGCACGAGAGAGUAUCGCUGCGACUGCGGCGUCCUUUUCUCCAGGAGAGAUAGCUUCAUAACCCAUAGGGCUUUCUGUGAUGCUCUGGCUGAAGAAACCGCAAGAGUUUCAGCAGCAUACACCAUGACGAACACGACAUCGAUCGGCAGUGUCGAUUCUCUUCUUCAAGAUGGUGUAAUGACACCCAACAUAUGGAAACAUCUUUCGCCAAAUCUUAAGCCAAACAUUAUGGAUCGUGAGGUUGGUCAGCAGGAUAGACACGGGUGUUCAUCGUGGAUGGGCCAUGGAGGUCAGCUCGAUAAUGCCUUUGAUGGAACUACUGCUAUGUCUGAGAUCAACCAAGCUGGGUUGGUCGACAGUCAAUUGAGUUGGAUCCAUUGCAACAAGUUGUCGUCAUUGCCAACUUCAAACACUUUGAAGCCUCUCACGGGAAGCGUUCCUUCCUUGUUUACUUCUCUGCCUCACCGUCCUGCUCCCGAUAUAUCUGCCACGGCAUUGCUGCAAAAGGCUGCACAAGUCGGCGCGAUCUCCACCACCCCAUUCUCGGGGAGCUUUGGGCUGCCCGAGUGCCAGAACACAAGCGCCGGUGACGGCAGCGUCUUUGAUGGCUUGCUCAUUCAUGAAUUCGCUGCGUCGAACACGGACGAGGUAAAUUACAUCACAAGGAGCCGCAGCAUGCUAAGAGAUUGUCUUGGAGGAGAGACCCGGGACUUCUUAGGAGUUGGGGUGCAGACUCUUUGUCAGCCAUCAGCAAAUGGAUGGAUCUGAGCCUGCUCGAGGGUGAACGGCAACAAGAAAGAGAUGACCAUACUUCGCACUUUGCAGGGGAGGAGACAGGUGCUGAUUGAUUACUGCUUGCUCUACGGGAAGACGAAGUCAUCCGAAAGUAGCAGCUGCUCCUUGAAACGGCUGCUUUUGUUUGGAGAAGAAAGGUGGGAGUGUUGGGAGACGAGGAACACCUUCCCCUUCAUUUCCAUUACUGCACUAAGCUUCAUUUCUUUCAAGGUUGUCUUUAAUGUAAGCUGGAAUUAAGUGCUUCUGGUGGCACAAUGCAUGAAUUUUUCUUUCUAAAUAUAUUUUUUUUGACAAG